AUGCCUGUCAAAUACAAGUAUCUCAUUUCAAAGAGAGGCGACGUUGUGUUUUCAAUAGCCUGCGGCAUUGGCGCAUACUUUCUGUACGAGCAUGAUCAUCCGCGAGAAUGGACUCUCAAGGAGCUGAUGCAGCGCAAGGCAGAGAGAGUCAGGACUGAGGGCUGGUUUCCAGAAUCAUCAAAAUGA